UUAACCCUACUGCAGGCUGGGGCUCGGGGCCCGCGGACUGCGCGCUCUGCGGCUGCGAAAACCCGGAGAGGCGGAUGGGAGCGCUCGAGGCGCUCGCAGCCAACUCCUCCGCGGUCCGGUCGCCAAGCUGGGCAUGCUCAGUGCGGCCGCCGCGCCGCCGUCCGCCAACUCGGGAGCUCGCGCUCCCGGGCCGUGGGGGCGAGAACGCCGGCGGUGGCGGCGGCGAGCGACGCCCCCAGGCAGUCGCAAACUUCGCGGCGGCGUCCGCAGUCUGGCGAGACACACACCUCGCAACGUCAAAUCCAAAUCCCUUCCCCUACCUGAGCGAUGGAGGCCGAGGCCACCGCCAGAGCGUCCCGGCCGCCCGCCCCUGCCUAGCGGCUAGCUGAGGGGACCAACAGCGCCACGGCGAGCGAGAGUGGAGGGGCGAGCGAGUCUGUCUGCAAAGUGCUGCUCCCUGGUGCUCAGAGGCGGCUGCUCCAGCUCCAACUCUCAUUCAUUUCGCCGGUUAACAUGAGAGAUCAUGGCCGCCUUCGGGCUUCUCAGUUAUGAACAGAGACCGCUGAAGCGCCCGCGGCUCGGGCCGCCCGAUGUCUACCCGCAGGACCCCAAGCAGAAGGAGGAUGAACUUACUGCUGUGAACGUAAAACAGGGUUUCAACAAUCAGCCAGCCUUCACUGGAGACGAACAUGGCUCUGCGAGAAACAUUGUAAUCAACCCCUCAAAGAUCGGCGCAUACUUCAGCAGCAUAUUGGCUGAGAAACUAAAGCUUAACACUUUCCAGGACACCGGAAAGAAGAAACCCCAAGUUAAUGCUAAAGAUAAUUACUGGCUGGUUACUGCUCGGUCUCAGAGUGCAAUUCAUAGUUGGUUCUCUGACUUAGCAGGGAAUAAACCACUUGCUGUUUUGGCGAAAAAGGAGCUGCCUCUGGCCAAGUCAGGUGUCCCUCAGGUCCCCAUCCUUAGUAAAAAAGAGGACGUUUUUGCAUAUUUAGCUAAGUAUUCUGUGCCAAUGGUUCGAGCAACGUGGCUGAUCAAGAUGACUUGUGCCUAUUAUUCUGCUAUUUCUGAAGCUAAGAUUAAGAAGCGCCAGGCUCCAGAUCCCAAUUUGGAGUGGACGCAAAUAUCUACCAGGUACCUUAGAGAGCAGCUGGUCAAGAUCUCUGACUUUUACCACAUGGCCUCCAGUACAGGUGACGGUCCUGUCCCCGUGCCACCAGAGGUCGAGCAAGCCAUGAAGCAGUGGGAGUACAAUGAGAAGCUGGCUUUUCACAUGUUCCAGGAAGGGAUGUUGGAAAAACAUGAGUAUUUGACGUGGAUCCUGGACGUCCUAGAAAAGAUCAGACCAGUGGACGACAACCUUCUCAAGCUCCUUCUGCCACUGAUGCUGCAGUACUCAGAUGAGUUUGUCCAGUCUGCCUACCUGUCUCGUCGUCUAGCGUACUUUUGUGCCCGGCGUCUUUCCUUGCUGCUGAGUGAUAGCCCCAACCUCCUUGCUGCUCACUCACCCCACAUGAUAAUCGGAGCAAACAACACGAGUAUUGGGACCCCCAGUCCUGGCACCCCUGGCCCUGGUAUGAGCCCCAUGCAGCUGGCCUUCUCGGAUUUCCUUUCCUGUGCGCAACAUGGCCCUUUGGUUUAUGGACUUAGUUGUAUGUUGCAGACUGUCACUCUGUGUUGCCCAAGUGCCUUGGUGUGGAACUAUUCCACAAACGAAAAUAAGAUCGCAAACCCAGGCUCUCCCCUGGAUCUGCUGCAGGUUGCCCCUUCCAGCCUCCCCAUGCCGGGUGGGAAUACGGCUUUCAAUCAGCAGGUUCGGGCAAGGAUUUAUGAGGUAGAACAGCAGAUCAAACAGCGAGGCCGUGCAGUAGAGGUCCGGUGGUCUUUUGACAAGUGUCAGGAGUCGACAGCAGGGGUGACUAUUAGUCGGGUUUUGCACACACUGGAAGUCUUGGACCGUCAUUGCUUUGACCGCACUGAUUCCAGCAAUUCGAUGGAGACCCUCUAUCAUAAAAUUUUCUGGGCGAACCAAAACAAAGAUAGCCAAGAGGUCGCUCCCAAUGAUGAAGCGGUGGUGACGUUGUUAUGUGAGUGGGCCGUGAGCUGCAAACGAUCUGGCAAGCACAGGGCCAUGGCCGUGGCGAAACUCCUGGAGAAAAGGCAAGCAGAGAUCGAGGCAGAGAGAUGUGGCGACUCCGAAGUCCUGGAUGAGAAGGAGUCAAUUUCUUCAGCCUCGCUUGCUGGGUCUAGCUUGCCUGUUUUCCAGAAUGUUUUACUAAGAUUUUUAGAUACACAGGCCCCAUCACUGUCGGACCCCAACAGCGAGUGCGAGAAGGUGGAAUUUGUGAACUUGGUGCUGCUCUUCUGUGAGUUUAUCCGCCACGACGUCUUCUCCCAUGAUGCGUACAUGUGCACCCUCAUCUCGCGAGGAGAUCUGUCUGUCACUGCCUCUGCAGGAGAAAAUGCAGACGAACACUAUUCCAAGGACCAUGAUAUGAAGAUGGAGGAACACAGUAUCAUGGCGCACAUGGGCCUCGGCUCAGGAACCGCUCACAUUUUUGACGAAGUAGACAAGAGUGACUUUAAAAGUGACUUUGGUUCUGAGUUUCCAAUUUUCUCUCCCAUGCCUGGAGAGACCUGUGAGAAUGCCAACCCUUCCCUGAGCCGAAGAAUGUCGGUUAAUGGUGAGAAACUGCUGAAGAGAGAAAAACCAAGGGAGUUGAUCUUUCCGUCAAAUUACGACCUCCUCCGCCACCUGCAGUACGCAACCCACUUUCCCAUACCUCUGGUAAGUCACGGUUUUCUUUCUUUCUUUCUUUCCUUCUUUCUGUAA